GCGGAACACAGAGCAGGAAUUCCGCGUAUGCGCUGGUGACAGCGACUCAACACCGGUGAUGACCAUCCUCCCGGUUUACAGAUCUGUUGCCCUGCGAGAGGCAGCGAUACCUGAAGUGAAAUAACUCCCCAGCUGUGGGGCAACUGUGUCGCGCGCUGUCUCCACGUCCACUCACACAAACACAGCUGUGUGUUCACCUGACACACGGUGGAUGACGCCUAGUGUUAGUCCUGAUGUUCUGGGUUGAAAGCUGUGCCUUUCAUCGUCGUUAAGAUCCACUCUGGGAUGAACUAGGUCCGUUUACUGUCGCCGAAGAGCCUUAAAAUACGAUGAUGGAUUUGUUCGGGCUCCUGUAUUUGGACCAACUGUCCCACGGACUGGCCAACUUGUCCAUGUUUCCGUACUUUGACAUGGCGCACUACGUCGUGUCAGUCAUGUCUCUGAGAGAGCAGCCAGGAGCUCUCGAGGUGUCCAGAGUCAGUCCAGUGGCCUGCUGGUUCAGCUCCAUGCUCUUCUGUUUUGGUGGAGCUGUAUUGUCGGGGAUCAUGAUGGCAGAGCCGCCUGUAGCGCCUUUGUCCAACAGCACCGGCAUUCUGCUGGCUUCAAUCAUCUGGUACCUGGUGUUUUACUGUCCCAUGGACCUGGCGUACUGCUGUGUGGCCCUGCCGCCUCUCAGGCUGGUGCUGUCAGGGAUGAAGGAAGUGACCAGGACGUGGAAGGUUCUCACUGGUGUCACGAUGGCUCAGAGCAAAUAUAAGGACAGCCUGCUUGUCAUGAUUGCCAUCGGCUGGGCUAGAGGUGCUGGAGGUGGUCUGAUCAGUAAUUUUGAGCAGCUUGUUCGAGGUGUUUGGAAACCGGAGACAAAUGAGCUCCUCAAAAUGUCGUACCCCACCAAGAUCUCCCUGAUAGGGGCGGUGCUUUUCGCUCUGCAGCAGACCCACUACCUGCCCGUGCAGAAGCACCACCUGAUGCUCAUCUACACCAUCUUCAUCGUCGUCAACAAGUCGAGGAUGAUGCUGACGCGGUCGUCCGCCUCGCCAUUUGCAGCCAUCGAGUCGGCCAUCUACAAGACCCUCUUCGCCGGCCGCUCCCCGUACGCUGCCCUCACUGACAAUGUACAGAACACAUGCAGCACGUCCACCAGUGCCAAAGCCAAAGAGUCCAGUGGGAAUGGAGCGGCGGGCACACACACACCAGGUUGUCCUGUCAAGACAGAAAGUGAAUCACUUAAAGCCAAAGAGGAAUCAGACAACGCAGAGACGCCAAACUGCAAAAAGACCAAUUAGUCAGCGUCUGCCCUGUAGCUUCAUUUCACCUCUAUGCAGGGACGUGGAGUCAUUUCUGAUUCAGAUUAUUCACAUGACGACUUUGUCUUCUGUCUAUCAUACAGAAACAAAGAUAUUUUGUAUUCCAUCAUCGCUUAUUAUUAUUAUUAUUAUUAUUAAUAAUAUUGUUAUAAUGAUUUGAUUUUCAGGAAUCGGAAUUCAAGCCUUCUGUUGAAGAAGUGACCCUGUACCUUAUUCUGGGAUAAUCACCCCCAUCCUUAAAGUACUGCAGUAUUUAUGCUGUUGGAUGUGAACAUCAUGAAACCCGUGGGCUGAUUGCACACUGGCAGUACACCGUGUAGCUUAAUUUUUAAUAUAUAUAUAUUUAUAAUGAGAACCAGUUUCUUAUGAUUUUAUUUCGGGUUUUGGGAACAGAACAGUGCUGUGCACCUGCUGAUCUAUGAAUGUCUCUAUCUCUAUAUUUCUUUCUACAUAUAUUUAUAUAUAAUAUAUAUCCUGCUUCUAUGUAAAUGCUUUAUUUCCUACUUUGAGACAUUUUUAAAAGAGAUUAUAUUCUACGACAAUCAGA